ACGGUCACACUGCCAAACAUCAAACUGAUGCGGUUCUUUAUAUUUUUCUUAUUUUACCGUUUUUAACGCCAAAUCAGCGUGACUCGGCAAUGAAACAUAUUCUACUGGACCCCCCAGUCCUGACCGAACAAGACAAGACGCCUGGAGAGCUGGAAAAUGGCCAAAAAAGUAAAGAGAAGUCGGUGGACCUGCCGGUGGAAAAUGAUGGAAAUCCUGAAGAGGAAUCUGCAGAUAUGGGCCGAGAUUCCUUAAGUCAACUGGCCUGCAACUUGCACAGAUUGGCGUCAGAGGACCACAUAGUCAUUGACAGAAAGCGAAACGAGGUGAUACGCACCGAUGCGGUGACACAGCAGAUGACCAUUUACCGUUGCUUGGAUCCCGUAGGUAUGGGCAUGCGUCCCCCUAAUCCGAAGCCCAACAACCCGCCGGCCAAGGUGGGCAGACCCCAGAAACGUAGCUCUGCGUCGACAGCUACCAGUGUUCCGGCGCCCAAAAAAACGAAGCCAGAAGCUCCAGCCAUGCCGGCUCCAGAAAUUCACCGAACACGUUCAGGACGUCAGGUGCGUGGCUGCAUGCCGCAACCUGCUCCAGUAGCAAGUGUCCCAUCUGCUGAGCCCGAUUCCUCUCAGUUUCUGGAGCUUCUGGUGGCCGAUUUGCGGGAUAAAGAUUAUCGGGCUCCCAUGCCGGCUCCCAAGAGCAGUCCUGCGGGCAAUCAGGAAGUGGCUGCCACUCCCCGAGCCGUCCCCAAGAAUUCCAUCUGUCCGGGCUGUAAUAAGAUCUUUCUGGGCCGCCGUCUGCAGCGGCAUUUCGUUAAAUUUCCAGAGCACAUGCCGCGUUCCGGUGAACAACAAACGGUGGCACCCUCACUUUUUGGUCUCCUUACCGCCCAGCUUCAGCGGCACUCGCAUCUCAGCGAGGAGCAGCGCGCCGAUCUCUUCCUGCACGAGCUGAAUGACUUUGUCGAGCAGCUGCAGCUGCGAAGCCAGCGCCUCAUCCGGAAUACAUCGGGAUUGCAUUUUGUGAACGCGCGAAUUGCUCGUGUCCUGGCCAUUCCCGAGGGCCAGUAUGCACUGGAUAUGUCGGCCAUGGAAUCGGCUCAGGCCCCGAUACCGGAACCCGAGGGCGCAGUCCUGUCGAACGGUGUCAGCGGCGUCGGUGGCGGUGCCCGCAAUCUGGUCGACUACACUGGGUUAAGCAUGUCGCUGGACGAUACACUGACGGAUGAAGCUGCUCAGCGGUUGAACCUGUCGGCGGGUGGUAAACUCCUGCCGCCCUCGGAGGAGAGUCUGCUUCGCAAUGUCAGCGAUCUGAUGCAGCCACCAGUGGCAGCGGCACCGGCCACAGUGAAUCAUGGCUACGAUCAUGCCAGCGAUAAUGCCGUGGAGGCCCUAACCAUGAAGGAAACACCCAAUACGGAGGCCAUACUCGAUCUCAAUGUGGAUUUCUUUCAAUUUUCCAAUCCAAAUUAGUGUUUGGAUUUUAAAGUAAGAAUUUUUCUUUUAUUUUAUGUAAUUUUAAGUUUUAGAAUUGAAGUUAAAU